AUGGAUCGACGUAUUGAAGAAUUAGUAUCUGGUUCAAAAUCAUUUUUUAAUAUACCUUCAAUAGAAAUUGAAAAAACGAUUUCAUCAAAAAAAACAAUACCUACUUCAUUAGAUUGGCGUGAUAAAGGUGUGAUUACACCUGUAUAUAAUCAAGGCACAUCACCAAAAUAUUCUACAGUUGUUGCUGUCGAAGCUAUCGAAAGUUUUCAAGCUAUUCGGGGUGGAAAACUUGAAAAAGGUAGCAUCGAUCAAGUUAGUGAUUGUUGUGAAAAUACUAUUGAUAUUCUUGAUUGUAUAUUAAAUAAAAUGGGUGGUAGCUUAUGUAGAGAAAGUGAUUACAAAUCAUCAAAUAUUACAUGUGAUCGAAAUGCUUGUCAACCAUUUGCUGUCUUUAAUAAUUUAAAAGUACUCAAAGUAGCUAAUGAAUAUACAAUGUUAGAAUGGAUUCAAGAUUCUCCACUUUAUGUUGGUGUUAAUGCAGCUGACUUUGGUUUUGAAAUAUAUAAAUCUGGCGUAUAUAGCAAUCCGGAAUGUGCGAAUGGAACUGUUGAUCAUGUGCUUCAAAUUGUCGGUUAUGGUAUUGAAUCAGGUACACCAUACUGGUUAUGCAAAAAUAGUUGGAGUUCAGCAUGGGGUGAUCAAGGAUACAUUCGUCUUGAACGUGGUAAAAAUACAUGCCGUAUUGCUGAUUAUGUAGCACAAGUUGAAUAUAGAACAAAUGAUGCUGUACGAUCAUUCACUAUUCAUUAUAUGUAUUUGACAAUUUUCUCUUUUAUUUUAUAUAUUUUUUCAUAUUAA